GAAGAUGGUUCCUACUGGUUUCAGAUUUUGUCCCACGGAUGAAGAGCUCAUCGAGAUCCUGCACCACAAAGCGUCGGGGAACACUGCCACGGGAUCGUUCGAUUUCAUCAUCGAAAGAAAUCUAUACGAUCUAGACCCGAAAGAUCUCAACUGGAAUGAGAGUAGCGUUCGAUUGAACAAGAACGAGAGGUAUUAUUAUUGCAGAAGGGAGAGUGAUUCGAGGGAAGUGAUGGGUCGUGGCUGGUGGAAAGCAACGAGUCAUGUAAAGGUCAUUUUAUCGACUAAUGGGGACCUGAUGGGUUAUAAAAGGCCUUUAACUUUCCAUAGGUUUAAGGAUGAUAAUCAAAGAAACAGAAAAGCCGCCAUUAAAACGGAUUGGAUCAUGCACGAGUACGGCCUUCAAUCAGUUCCAUCGGAUUGGAGACUGUGUAAGAUUAAGUACAAAGGAAAAGACAACCUCAAAGAACCGAAGAUGGCGGCGGGGGCAGCAGCAGCAGCUCAAUUUCUACGAACAUAA